AUGGUCCUGCAGUUCCACUUGUGGGUAUACCUCCCAAGAGAGAUUUGUAUAGCAUGUUCACAGCAGCUCAAAGUAGGGAGCACCUCCACAUCAGCAGGUGAUGAAGAAGCAGAAUGUGGAGGACAGGUACGCCAAGGGAGGGAAAGCCUAAGCCAUGCUACAACGUGGAUGAGACAGGUACUAAAAGAUUCCAGUUAUGCAGCGUGUCUUCAGCAGUCCGAUCCAGAGAAACAAACUAAAACCCCCAAGUGCAAGGCUGGUUCAGCCAACAAGUCAACAUGUGACCACCUCUGUGGAUGCAGAAAGGGAACUCAACAAAACCCAACACCCUUUCAUGUAAAACACCCCCAAGAAGAUGAGGGUGGAAGGAAGCACCUCACCCUGAGGCACCCAGAGAUGCCCAGCUCGCAGCACACCCACAGGUGA